AGGUCAUCUUUCUUUCUUUCUUUUAUAAUAGCUUCCUCUUCUCUUCUCUUCUCUUCUCUUCUCCACAGUCUGUUCACACUCACUUGUUUCGACUCCGCAAUUCUUUUUCUUCCCCUCAAGAUCUUCACUCACUCACAUUUCGCCAAUUGGUGACUGUCUGUGAUCUGUCACUCAUUCCUCCUUUUGGUUAUUUUUCUCUUGCUCCAUUCUCGACACAAACAAUAGCUCAUCCAUCAUGGCGGACGAAGGUGGCAUUGCACCAGUCUCACAAGCACCCCCUUCAGCAACUGACCACGAGUACUCCUCCCACGAACAACAACAAGUGCCACACUUCCACAAUCCCAAUUCCCGAAAAUCAACAUGGACCAAAUCCCUUGCCGACGUCAAUGUAACCGGUACCCAGACCCCAAUGUCAGGUUUCCACCGCCACAGCCGUUUCGAACCCGCCGCCAUUGAUUCCUACUUUGUUGGACCCCGCGAUCUCGACAAACAUUCCAAACUCCCCUAUUUCAUGCGCAUCCACGGCUCCGUGACCCCGCGCAUGAUCCUCCCCUUAACCUUCAUCGCCAUCUGGUCCACGCUCAUAACCUGCCUUUCGAAAUUCGUCUACGAGCUCUCCGUCUCCAGCAUCCUGCUCACCGUCCUCGGUUUCGUCGUCGGUCUCGCCCUCUCCUUCCGCUCCUCCUCCGCCUACGAGCGUUACUCCGACGGCCGCAAAUCCUGGGCCACCCUCUCCGUCCAGUCCCGCAACCUGGCCCGCUACAUCUGGGUCCACGUCUCCGAACGCCCGGAAUGCGCGAAAGAGGAUCUCUUGUCCAAAAUCACCGCAAUCAACCUGAUCCUCGCCUUCGCCGUUUCAUUGAAGCAUAAACUGCGUUUUGAGCCAUACGCUCAUUACCCUGAUAUCACGGCCCUGAUCGGUCAUUUAGAUACAUUCGCCAAAUCAGCACACAAAGAAGAACACCUCAUCGUCAAGAAAAAGACGCCCUGGAAAGUAGUCGGCGAAUACCUGGGCCUCAGCAUGGCGAACAGUAACCCGCGCAAGGAAAUCAAGCGCGCCGACCGUCCGCUCGGAAACCUGCCUUUGGAAAUAUUGACCUACCUCUCCUGCUACGUCGAAGAAGUCACCGUCAACAAAUCCCUCGCCAGCCCCGUCGUGCAGGGCCAAAUCCUAACCUGCCUAGCAGCCCUAACAGACACCGCCUCCUCCGCCGAACGCGUCCUCACCACGCCCCUCCCCAUCGGCUACAACAUCCUCAUCUCCCAAAUCGUGCUCCUCUACAUCUACCUCCUCCCCUUCCAACUCUACAGCUCGCUGAAAUGGAUCACGAUCCCAGGCACCAUCGCGGCAGCGUACAUCAUCCUCGGCCUCGCCGCCAUCGGCAACGAGCUCGAGAAUCCGUUCGGGAACGACGUUAAUGAUUUACCGCUUGAUCAUUACUGUGAGGAGUUGGGCAGUGAGUUGGAUACGCUGAUGGCGGUGCCGGCGCCGAGUUUUAGGCGCGUGGUCGAGGGACGGGAUGGGGGCGGGGAGAAUAAGGUGUUUUGGCCACUAAGUGAGAGCGGGUUUGGGGAGUGGAAGGGGAGGUCAGAGGGCGAUAUUCGGAGUGCGUUGCGGAGUAAGGUCUUGGUUUCUAGGUUGGCGGCGGGGAUGGGGACGUUGGAGAGUCGGGAGGGGAAGGGGAGUGGGGGGUCGACUGUUACUGUUGAGGCUUAGUGGGGUGUUUUGCGGCGUGGAGAAAAGUGGUCACGUUUUUGAAUAUCUGAGGUUAUUAGUUUGGGGGUAAUUUGUACAUGGAGGAUUGGAUAUCGUUUCGUCAGUAUAUCGUUGCAUUGCGAGGCGUUUAUAAUACCACAAUCAAUCGAAUUGUUGUUCUCUCCCCAG